AUAAAGCAAUUAGUGAAUAGAACACUCGGAUGGCUCGGUUGGCACGUUUACGACCACGCUUACGUGAUUAUAGAAUGGCCUCAAAACAUCAGAAUUUCUCGAGACGCGCGGUUACGUGGGCGUUUUAAAGCACUCGAGGACCGCGUACUCGCAGACACGACCCUUACCGUCGCUUAUCGCGAUAUGCGCCCUGACUGUGUCAGGAAAUCACCGACACAGGCGAACGCGAGCCCGACGUCACGCGUGCACCGCCGACGCUGCUGGCUGCAUCUUCCUACAGAGUGCAGCGAGGCGGGGUGCACGACCUGACUCGGGCGAGUCGGCGAUAUAGAGCGAGCUGUGUGUGUAUUUCUAGAGCAGCCGGUUUAAGAAUAGAACGCCAAGUAGACGCCUGAAUCAGAUAUAGACGGUGAAUGACCGGCAAGUAGAUUACGAAAUUUCAUUCAAGUCCCAUGCACAGUGCGCGCUGCUGCAGUUAACAUCCGUCAACCAGUUUCAUCUCGGCGCCCGACGACGACGGCUCACUCGUUAAUUGGACGUCUUCGCGAUAUCGAGCCAAUUAUCAAUUUUUCGCCGUAUCGCGCGAGAUAGAGAGGGAAGAGGAGAGAGAAAAAGAGAAAGAGAGAGGGGGGACUCGACGGGAUUGAGUUUCGCGAUGACCGCGCUUCUUCCCGGCGGAAUAAUUAUAGCUGAUUGACGAGUGAUUGCCGUUUUAAUCGCGUCGGCGACUCGAUUUAUCAUAAUCGACGAAGAGCUCGUGAACGAGCGACGUGUUUAAAUAGAAACGACGGUAUAAUUACUGUCGGGGCGAGAGAUUCUUCAAAUCGGGUCUGGCAGCGGCGGUUUCUUCUCCGUCCUCCGACAGGGGUUCCUUGGAAAAUUCGUAGGCACAUUCGCGUCGAGAUAGGACGUACUCUAAUACUUUAUUCUCGGCGACGGCCUCCUAUAUCAUGUAGGAGUGCAAAAACUCGCGGGAGAUCGCGAAAAUAAUCAUCGUUCUGACAGACGCGAGAUUAAAGUUGCGAGAUUCGAGGAUGAAUGUAGGGGAAAGAGAUCAUUUUUCCGCGGAUGUCGUAGCGCGGUGUUAGGGGGGAAGGGGGGGAGAGAGAGAGAGAGAGAGAAGGAAAGGGGAUUAUAAAUAUCUGAAAAUGAGAGAGACGAGACCAGGAAGUGGAGAAUACGAGUUCGGAAUACGCGGCAACUGAAAUCCCGGCGACUCUCGGCGGCGCGGUGGAAACGAAGGAUGCCAGCAGCUGGUGCAACCGUGCCGGCCGUUGCCGAAGGGGCUGGCCAGCUGGAGGACUUGGACGAACCACCCGAGCCACGUGUUCGAGGUGGUAGCGGACGGACCGGCUUGAUGAAGCCCUUGGUGGUGUUGGCUCUGCCCGGGAUGUACCUCUUCUACAAGUACAGCCAGUAUAGGCGGGAGCAGCGCGAACUUUCCCGCAGAAGAGUCACUGAGAGGGAGCUCCAGCAUCUCCAUCACAAAAUCGACAAGUUGUUGACGAAAUUGGAGGAGAACGAGCCGGAGCUGGCAUCCUCGCAGGAGGAUGAGUGCGUCAUAUGCGUAAACGCGAGGGCGACGAUGCAAACGGCGCCAUGCGGGCAUCGAGUGGUGUGCAGACGCUGCUUCGUCAAGACGAUACAAAUGGCGGUCUCUCAGAGGCUCUUGCCGCUGAGGUGCGUCAUAUGCAGAGCGAAGAUUCUUCGUUUGAAGCAGACUCUCAUCCCGCGUGACUAUUCGAUGUCGGGUAAAUCCUGGGUACUGCCGCAAAGCGCGUCAGAGUACAACAUGGGCACGGGCGUCACCGCUGGUGUGUCCGGGCCCGGUGGCAGAUGGGGAACCGGAAGCGUGCCAGCCUCUGCCUCUCUAUACUCGAUGGCCAGCGGCUCGUCCUCCAUAUCUGGAGUGUCUUCCGUCUCUUCGGCAACUUCCUCGUCCGCGGGUAGCACCGGGAGUUCCACGCUCGGCAAGCCUACGAGGGUACGGCAACCCACAGGCGCCACGCUCAGGCGUUCCCAGACGCAGUCGAUGAAAAUGCGGAUUCAGGAGUACCAGGACCCCGUUCAGCAAGUCAGCGAGGAGGAGGAGGUGAUGCGGGAAAAUCGGGAGCGUCGAUUGCCGCCGAUUAAAGAGUUCCAGAGGGACUACCGUGCCGGCAAGGCCUCCACCAGAAUCAGAUGCGCUCAAAAGAUCGUGACGCAGCUGGAAACGUCGCCGAGCCCGCGGGGCACAUCUGGCGUCGUCAGCACGUCCUCGUCGUCGGCGUCGUCGUGCGGCCGCGCCGCGUCCAAGAGGCCGGCGUCGGCGCCGAAGAUGUCGGUGGUCCAAGAGGUGCAGAAGUCGAAGAAAGAGAAGGAACGGGAGAAGGAGCGUGAGAAGGCGGAAAAGGCGCGGCAGAAGGAGGAAGAGAAGGCGGAGAAGACCAGGCAGAAGGAAGCGAAGAAGUUGGCGAAGGAGGAGAAGAAGCGCGCGAAGAAAGAGGCGAAAGCACGGCGGAAGGAAGCCGAGGAAGCCCUUCUCAGGGAUGACAAGUAGGGAUCUGAUCGCGUAAAGGUCUCGAGAGUUCGAUCUGUGUGGUACAGACGCGCCGGGGUGUCGUGGGGUUCACGGUGAUGAUUGACGGCGAUUCCCGGCGUCCUGUACUUACGCGAAGAGAGAUUGACGGAUUGGACGUGGGACGAGUUACGGGCGAAUUCGCGAGAGAGAGAGAGAGAGAGAGAGAGAGAGAGAGAGAGAGAGAGAGCGAGAGAGAGAGAGAGAGAGAGAAUGUGUGUGUGUUUGUUCGAAGGCCUCUUGACAAUUCCAGCUGCUACCUAUCGACUAAUAAAAAUGGCCUAGCACAAAGUUUUCUGAGGAAGCAAACGCGUCGCGUGAUUACAGUGAUUCUGCCGUCGUCGAAAAAGUCGACGAGCACCGGGUAUUUUUGUGGUUUGCGAUUUGGACAGAUUGAGUCCUGGGACAAAAGGCGACGUAACAGCCAGUCGUUUCGAGCGCGCUCCGUAACUCGCCCCGAGCCGUCUUCGGACCGUGGACUCGAGAGAGAGAGGGUGGUGUAAGAGGAAGGCAGUAUACCUAAGAAAAAUCUAGAAGCGGCCAAACUUAGUAACCCGUCAUAUCGAGUUAUCGCGGACUAAUACUAUUAUCGAUAGAACAACUCGAGCGUAGCGCUAUAAUCUAGAAUCCGAGCGAAUUGUUUCGACCUUGCAUUUUCCCUCGUCUCAUCUCAUCACGAUUUUCUUUUCCUUCUCCCCCGCGUUGUUCCGAGAUUACACCCUCGUCCUCUGUCCGUGCUGACGAGGGGAUGCUCACUCAUGUCAUGGGAUUUCGGUUCGGUUCAAGCUGGUAGCACGUUCAUAUUUCACGAGCGUACACUUUAGGAUUAAUAAAACCGACGCGCAAACGUGAUCUCCAUCGAUUAUACGGGAAGAACCAUCGCGAGAUAUACUCGACCCUCACUCGCGCGACGAGCAUCUUCAUCGCGACGUUUAAUCGCCAACCGCCAAUUCGAGAUAAUCGAUAAUCCCGUUCCUCCAGUCAAUUUAAACUAGCCACCGUGCCCCCCGCCUACACGACAUCGGAAGGAAAACACUCGACUCUCGAUCCUUACAUCCCAUCCCUACCUAUUUCAUUUCAAUUCAGUGGAGAAUCACGCGGAGUAAGACGCUCGCGAGGUAAAAACGACAAUUUGUCGAUCUCACUGACGUGACGGAGAGAGAGAGAGAGAGAGAGAGAGAGAGAGAGAGAGAGAGAGAGAGAGAGAGAGAGAGAGAGAUCAGAGGGAAAAAUUUAUUCUAAUCUCAGAAACGGAACGGAGAAUUGUUCUCGAGAGAGACCUCAGGGUGAUUCUGACGUGAAAAUCUGACAAGAUUGGCGGUUCUCUCUCGCCCUUGGAGAUCUUCCCGUCGAAUUGAGGAAAAAAUAAAGAAAAGACGACGCAAGUGUGUUACUCCGCUGCCUCCCUGUUUCGCACUCCGCGUUAGAUACUCCCACAAUUGUCGUACGUUGUAAAUACACUCACAGAGUAUUUCACGAGCGAGCGUGAAGGACUUUUGUGCCGCGAGCAAAGUCGUAUGUCGCGUACGAGGGUAGCCUAAUAAGAUCGAUUUGUUAAAACGCGAGAGAAUAUACCUAAUAACGAGAUAGUCUUAUAUAUAGUACAAUAUACAUUUAUAAAAAAAAUAUAUAUACAUAUUAUAAAUAGAGAGAAAGAGAGAGAAAGAGAGAGAGAGAGAAAGAGAGAGAGACAGAGCCGAUUUUUGAAACGCAACGCGUGUCUCGUUACUGUUCGUGAAUUCGUAGGCUCGUAGAAGAAACUCUUGUUAUCGAUUACUCUUCAGUUCGACCCUUUCUCUCGCUCGGUAAUCCACGAGCGGCUACUACUACUACUACUACUACUACUACUACUACUACUACUACUACUACUACUACUACUACUACUACUACUACUACUACUACUACUACUACUACUACUACUACUACUAC